UUGGGCGAGUGUUGAAGAAGUGGUGAUAAAAAAAAAAGAGAAUCAACUCAUUGUGUGUUACAAAUACCUACAUGACAACCUCUGUUUGAACGCGGUUGAACGCGCAAUACGGGGGCGUAAGUAACCAGCCAUAAAGUCAGCAUAAGAGUACUCGUGUAAUUCGCAUUAGUCAGUUGAAACAACCAACAACUCAAGUAAACCCAUUCCCCGACGAAAUCGAGUUCAAUUCAAGUGUUCGCCGUGUCUCGUGUGUAAAAAGCUGAAAAAUCCGUGGCCAACACCAAGGUGAAAACAUUAAUAAAAUUCAGUGGAGAAGCUCAUUCCAUCACCCUGUACUCCCUGUACUCACAGUACUCACAGUACUCACGGUAUUAUUCACGCUAUUCAAUUUAUCCUUAAAUAAAUUAAAAUCACCGGUUGGUCUAGAUAAUUUAAGUGGAAUAAAAAAUGUGUUAAAACUCCAGAGUCUCCAAGGAAAUGGCAGAGUAAAAUAAAUGUACAGCUGAGAUUCUCAAAUGGAAAAUAAUAGUGUACAUGAUGAAAAUUGAAACGUCAGUCGAUCUCACAUAGGCGGUCAAAAUCAUCGACACCUGUUGAAUUCUAAUAAAAAAUGGACUGUCAUGUGCCGUAGAGCAACUGUCAUGCUAGUGACGAAUCAGUCAUCGGCACCACUGGAUAAUUUGUCGAAUAUGCUGUCGGUACUUGAAGAAGAGGCAAACACCGACAUUGACGACGUGUUUCCACCGCAUGUCGAUACGUCAAAUAUCGUUAUACAUCCGGAAUCGCCAACGACUAAGAAACAGGCAUUGAAGACAUUUGCUGAAGUCAAUGCACUCUUGCAAGCUGGGAGAAAGAGAGAAGUUAAACUUAUUAUAAGGGAAAAUCCGUGGCCGCUGAACAAUGGUAUCAGGGCGCAGCUGUGGCCUGCACUUUGUCAACAACAUGCUCAUGGAAAGAGUAUGCUUGAUGGAUUCUACUGGGAUAUGGUCAAUCAAGUAUUUGGAACUACAGAGCUGCCAGAUAAAUCAAUAAUGCUACCGCCAUUUGUCGAUAGCACUCAUUGCCUGUCUUAUAAUCUCACACGAAAAGGCAGAAGCGUUGCUGACAGAGUUGUCUCUGUACUCGGAUACGCCUGUCCAGACAUAACUUAUAGUCCCUCACUCUAUCCAAUUACAGCGCUUUUAUUGCACUUCAUGCCAGAAGAGGAAUGCUACCACUGCAUGGCAAGUCUCGUCGCAGCCAAGGAGAAGAUGUUUAUAACGCAGACGAAAUUAUUGUACGAAAGCACGUGGAAGACUGUUGAACAAAUAACUAAGAAACAUGUUAAAUCAGCAGCGGUACAUCUUACGAGGCAUUGUUCAGGCUCGAGGGCUGAAAGAAUCUAUAUGGAUUGGAUAUGGUGGAUCCUUCAACUAUUACCGUUUCAGCAUCUAGUCAGAGUUAUGGACUGUUUUUUGCACGAGGGCUCCAAAGUUUUCUAUCGAGUAGCAAUGGCAAUUGUUCUACUCUUUUACAAGCACUCGUCGUCGGCAACAUCAGAGUGGAUGGGUGAAAUAACAAAAAAUGGAGUUGACGCAGCUCUUUCGAAAUUUUGCCGACAAAUACCGGUCAGCCCUGCUAAAUUCUUAAGGACUGCCUUCGGUAUUCGAGGACUGAGUUCAGCUUACAUAUCAAGAGUAUUUUUGCGUACAGAAAUGUCUCUGAGAAGUAGAAGUGUCCUCAGUGGCUCAAAAUCAUUAGCAAGAUCACGAUCGACUGACAAUCUACCGACGAGCCAAUCGCAGGUCAACAUUCAGAUGAUGUCCCACACUCUCACGAUUCGAGAGGGUGCACACAGUCCUGGACCAAGGGCUCUGUCAAUGGGAGUCUAUCCUAUACAGACUGUUAACUCCCAGAUCUUAGACGUGCCUGAUUUAUUCACACUCUGGUCGUGGCUUCCUGUGAGGAUAACUAUGUAUCAGCCUAUUCUGCUGUACACUACGGAGGAACAUGGAUGUUCAUUGACAACGUUCUACGUUAGGGUCGAACAGCAUGAACCAACAUUGCUCAUGAUUAAGACGUGUAACAACGAGAGACGGCCAAGCGAUUUGGAUGGACGAGAACAUCCGCUUUGGCAAGACAGAUCGUUGUUCAACCUUCAACAAUCCACCACUUUGCGCCAGUGGUGAUUUCGAGAUUAGGGUAUUGGAGGUUUACGGUUUCGCUGGGGCCUAAUAAACCGGAAACAAGAGACUAAAUAAAAUAUCUCACCCUCCAAUUCCCUUCAAAAUGCAACUGCCAUUUAUCAACUCUCUAUAAUCUUUGUCUCGUCAUCUUGUCAUCGAUGUUUCUAUUUCACAUAUACAUAACGAUGUACGCAAAAAAAGAUUUAUUGUUCGUGUAAUCCUCUGUUGCUUCGAUAUAUAGUAUUAUUGUGCGUGAUAUCGCUUCAAAUCACCAUCUAUUACUCAUUCAGAGUUCAUUGACGAAGAGAACAAGCCGAAAUGAGAAACAAUUUUCUAAAAAAAAGUACCAUAACAAUGGAGAACAUUGAAUUUGGAUUAUUAGGUCCAGGAUAUUUGCUUUAUAGAAAAAAAAUUCCAAUAUUUAACGAGAGAUAUUCGUGGGAGCAAUGGAGAUUCAGAUAGUGUAACAGAUAUAUGGAAAAAGCAAAUGUUCUCGUCCUAGUCACUGAAGAAUAACGAAAAUGAGAAAUAUUCAAUUACCCAGUGAAAUUGAAUUGUUAAUUACGCUUCCUUCGUUGUAGUUGUAGAGAAAUUGUUUUUUAUUUAUAAUUUGUAAUUCAGUGUCGAUGUUUUUUUUUUUUUUCAUUCUCAUGGUGCAUAUGCCUAACAACGUUAUGGGUAAUAAGGCUGUCAGUAAAUGAAAUGACAAAUGAUUGACAAGAUUUUUCAGCAAUGAGAGAACGGAGAAAUAAAGAAUCUGUCGAUUUUUUCUAUUUUAUUGACGAAAUUUUAAUGAAUAAUAAAUAAUAAAUAGAAUUUCCAACAAAAAUGCGUUUGCUUCGUCUAUGAAUAUUUUUCGCUCGUGUCUCCUCUCAUAUUAUUGACUGUAUAUUAUUUACACGCUUUACCAAUGUGUCGCUAAGAACAAAAUGAACAUUGUUAAUAAUUAUCACACGUCGUUAUAGAAUAUAGAAGGAAGAGCUCAUCUGUCGCACGAUGAGAGGUAUUUUGCCAGUAACGUGACAUUGAAACAUCUUCAUAAAAAUCUAAUUGUAAAGAUAAAUAUUAAUGAUUUUCAAUGUCGAGAACAACGCAAGUAAAUGGUUUAAAAGAAAAACGAAACAUACAUAUACGAAAAUGGAAAGUAUUAUCGAAGUGUUUUUAAGUUUAAAUAAAUAAUAUAAGCAUUGCCUAUAAAUGCAAAAGGUACAAGUUAAUAGUUAUUCAUUAUUACAGUGAAUAUUGAUAACUUGAUAACAGAGAUGCUCGUCAGGAUUGAAAUAUCUGGAUGAAUUAUCAUUUCUCUUAUCGAGUGUUCGAUGUUAUCCGAGAACAGAUUAAUAACAUUAAUUAGGAAAUGAACAAGAUAAAUAUGUAACCGAAUGGAAUGUUGUCAGAUAUGUUUAUGUAUAAAUGAGUUUGAAAACUAUUGUUAUAGUUGGAAGGUAAUGUAAUAUUAUUAUGAAUAUAUUUCUCAAGGAACGAUAUGAAUUGUUGCCAAUUGAUGCUACACCACCAUAUCAUAUGUUAAAUUGAUGAAUUAUACAAAAAAAAAAAA